AUGGCUUCCUGGAUCUCGAAUAUGCGUGGCUUUGGCCGCCAAAGCAACAAGUCUCAGCAAAACAAGGCCAGCACGCCCUCACCGACCAUGCAGAGUCCAGCAAGCCUGACUCCCGGUGGCUCACAACAAAUGCCUCUAUCGCCGGGUCUCUCAGCCACAGCCAUGUCCUUCGAGAGUAGAGAGCCCAGCGCCGAGAUCCUCAACAACCAGAGACCGCCUUUCUUCUUCCGCGAGCAAUACGCCAACCUGAUUGUCAAGGGCAACUUCAUGACUCUGGCAGCCAAACCCGUACUCAUCGAAGAGGGCGAAUGGCUGGCACAUCAGAACGGCAUGCUCAAAAUCAUCCAAGAAGCCGACCGCAACACAGGCGUCCCAAUUUGCAACCAGCAGACCUGCCCGGCCAUGAGCGCAGGCGCCAUGACCUACACCUGGCUCGACGCCAAACGCGAGAGCGUCCGCGUGCCCGCUCCCCAAUACAUUUCCUACGUCCAAAAAUGGAUCGCCGGCAAGAUCACAGAUCCCAGCAUCUUUCCCACAGACACCUUUGUCAGCGCCCCGCCAUCGCUGAACGCUUCAGAUCCAAACAACUGGCUGGGCAAGGCCUCGGGCUUCCCUCCCCAAUUCGCAAACGACAUCCGCAACAUCUACCGCCAGAUGCUGCGUUGCUACGCUCACAUCUACCAUGCCCAUUGGCUCGAAUUCUGGCACCUGGGUGCCUACAAGGAGCUCAACACUUGCUUCAUCCAUUUCGUGAACGUGGGAAGACUGUUUGGCUUGCUGGGCGACAAGGAGUUGGAACCAAUGGCACCUCUUCUCGACAUCUGGCUGGAGAAGGGCUGGAUGGCUCCUCGCCCCACCAGUUCAGGCGGCCUCAGCACAAAGUCGGCCAAUCCACCCCAGCUGCAGCAACAGCAGCAGCAGUCCAUGGCCUCCUCCUAG